AUGGCAGACUUUGGUUCAUACGAAUGUAAAGUGUCAAACAUUUUAGGACAUGAUUCAGCUUGGACGCGCUUGAGUGUAUUUCAGUUACCGCGUUUUACAAAAACACCACCUGCACAGCUUUUUGUUGAGAAGAACAAAAGAAUUUCAGUCCUCUGUCAGGCUACUGGUCACUCUCCACCAAAAAUCACGUGGUUAGAAGAGAGAGGCGAUCUUCCUGUCGGCAGAUCACUGGUCAGUCAUGAUGGAACACUACAAAUCUGGAACACAAAAAAGGAAGACUCAGGCACUUAUAUCUGUACAGCGACGUCUAACAUAAUGCACAAGGCGGUCACUGAAAUGAAAUUGACUAUUGUUGGUGAGUGCCCUGAGUGUCCUAUAUUCGGGUUUUGUUGUUAUAAUUACCGUUUUCAUUGGGAUUAUUAUAACCUUUAUUAUUAUUGUUAAUAAUAAUGUUAUUCUUAAUAUUAUCGUCAUUGUUAUGAUGAUAAAGAUGAUCAUCAUCAUCAUCACCGUCAUCAUCAUCAUCGUCAUCAUCAUUACUAUUAUUGUUAUUAUUAUUAUCAUUCUUAUUAUUAUUUUCAUUAUUUGUUAUUUGUAAAAUCCGUCGCAGCUCUAUCUGAACCCGAAGCCUGUGUAGGUUAUAUUAAUCAAACGUUUUAGAUAGCAAGGCAAACCAAUGAAUGCAAAUUUUACGAUACCCUCCGAAUAAACUUUAACAUGCAUUCCAUUAACUCUUAUUUAGAAUGUGUUCCUGUUGGUGUGGCAGACAAUGACAUAAUUCCAGAUAGCGCACUUAAAGCAAGCACAUUCUAUGGUACAAAUUAUUAUCCAUACCACGGCCGACUGAAUGAAACCAGGGGAAGGGGGGCGUGGUGUCCUCAGACUAAAUCUGAUAGAACAGAUUAUCUUCAAGUUGAUAUGGGUACAGAGCUGUCCGUUUGUGCUGUGGCUACACAGGGAGCACUGAUUAUUAGCGAAUGGACCACCAGCUACAAAUUGGAUCUAUCUGCAGACGGUGUAACUUGGAUAACUUACAAGGAAUCAAAUGUUGAAAAGGUUUGUAAAUGCCAAUGAAUGAAGAGUUAAUUUGAUCAGCAGAUAUGGGUGACGGCUAUAGGCCCCUGUAGAGUCCAAUUCGGUCUGCGCAUUAAACGAGUAAUUUAAUCAUGUGGUAUAUGCGUUACUGACCAAGCGUUAGGUUAAGAUACCUAGGUAUUGGCCGAGCUCUUUUAUUUAUUUAUUUUAUUUUUUUAUUGUGUGUGUGUGUUUUUAUAGACUGAGAUAAAGUCCAAGUCCUUAGAUACGCAAAAAAAUGAGCUAGACUAAUAUUCAACCAUCUUCACCUCACGCUUGCUCAGUGAAGGAUUUAUCAUAUGGCAAUAAUAUUUCGCUUGAAUAAAAAUAAGGAAUGACUGUUUGUUUCGAGAACGGGGAAAGAAGCCAACUGUGUUUGUGGCACAAUAAACCCACGAGAGUCGGUUAGUAUUUCUUUGUUUUGCCUAUCUUCUGCCGCUUUUUGUGACUCCAUCACCGACAGUGUCAAAAAAUUCCGAACUUUUAAAGUCCACUCCACGAAACUUAUAUCCUUGCACGGGAUCAUGGCGGCUUAUCACUGUAGCCAAUCAGAACACAGGAUUCGCUUCAUGGUGCCCACUGGCGCUGCCAGCUACAUAAUAACUGUCUUUAUCCACGAUUACAAUUACUGACUGAACAGCGGGUUAAAAAUACCUGUGAUCAAUCAGCCAAAACUGAUGCAAAAUUUUGGGAAAAAUAUCUAUCGAUAAGACGCAUGCAUAAAUAGCGAUUUUUUUGUUAUUGCUGCUGUUGUUGUUGUUGUUUUUUUUUUAGAGAAAAGGGAAAAUGGACCCAAUACUCUGCUGAUAACUAUUACAUUCGAGAAUUUUGUCAACGUUUUGAUUAAGCCGCACCACACACUGCGUGAGAUGUGAACUUUAACUGCACAAGUUACCCUAACAGACCACAACUACCCAUAGUUUUCUCCCUCUCAAUAGUAAAGGAGUGAAGUCAGAAACGUUUGACUAAAAAGCUAGAGUGAAACAGCGGAGUGGUUUUCAUUCCAUAGUUUUGAGCAGCUUAUAAUCUUGUGUUUCCUUUGCUGUAAAGCUGUCGGAAUUGUCUUAUAUGUGUUUCAUUGCGUCUAGAUCAAGAGAAAGAUCAUAACUAUAUUAGAGACUUUUCUUGAAGAGGUCUCUGCUGCAACAUUAGUUUUCUAGCCAACCUCGAUGUACUUCAGAUACUAUCCCAAAGUCCUCUCCCUAUAAACUUACGUAGUGUGUUGCUGGACUAUUUGGCUUUCUCGUAAUGAAUAAUGCAUCUUCUCCUCUUCCAGGUUUUCCCAGGAAACUCAGACCGCCACAGCGUCGUAAAACAUUCCCUCACUGCUGACGUCAUGGCCAGAUACGUUCGGUUCUAUCCCGUCACGUACCACGUGUUUCCAUGUUUGAGAGUUGAAAUAUUCACGGUAAAAUGA